AUGUUCUCGACGCUCGGCCUCUUCAGCAGCGUCGCCUGUCCAGAGCGCGCCUCAUGCACUCGUCCAAACUGUCUCUUCUCCCAUUCCCAAAAUCUUCCUCUCCCGAGACCUCUCGGUCUUCCCCAAGUCCGACCCAGCCAGCCAGUCGCCUCAUCCUCAUCCGCCUCACCUCCUGCACGCGCUGCUGCCAAUAAACCUAAAGACUCGCUCAUACCCACGAAACGCCCUGCCGUAUCGCCAGUCACAGGAGCAUUCACCUCCCCCGAACCCCCUCGCAAGUUUCAGAAAGUCGGUUCAGCGCAACGGCCAUCAGCUCUCCCUACCGCAUCUUACACCGAAUCAGGUGCACCUAUUCUACGAGUAAACGCAGCCCAGUCUCUCGUUGCUGUACCUGUUAGACAGACCAUGUUGAAGACCCUUUAUGACCAUUUCAUUGUAUUGUACCACAAGAUUAUACCCGCGAAUCCCUCUAUCGCUGCAGAUCACGCCCUCAAACAAGAGGAGGAGAUGUACAAAAAAUCAACCAAGUUAACGUAUCGUAAUGCCGUAAUACAAUGUGUAGCAGCCUUGAAACGACGCGCAGUCCCUACCUCUGUCAAUGACCCCACCGUCGGCACCGAAGAUGAAAUAAUUGCUAAAGCAGAGGCACAGAAGAAGCUUGCAUCCCUUCAUUUGUCUCGCGAAAGCCUAGAACACCUUGUUCACUCCGUGGAGGAUCUGCAGAAAUGGGGAUAUUUUGUCGAGAUACCCGAGACUCCAGGUGGACAUAUGCCGUCCAUGGAGGGUAAGAUUGUGAAGUGCGAUCGAUGUGUGCAAUAUUACGUCGUGAAGCCUGUGGACAAUCCAAAGGAAUGCGUUCACCACUGGGGGAAACCAUACACGACGCGUGCUGGAGGGGAGAAGGUUCGCACCUAUACAUGCUGCUUGAGACCAGUCGCCGAUGGCGGAGGGUGCUCACACGGGCCUCACGUUUUCUACGAGUCAAAAGUAGAAGACCUCCACGCACGUCAUCCCUUUUCUUCCUUACAACCAACGGAGCCCAACAACACCUGCCUAGAUGUUGCAGCUGUGGAUUGCGAGAUGAUCUACACUACCGGCGGGAUGAGAGUAGCUCGUGUUUCUGUCGUCGAUGGCUCGGGCAAGGAAGUCCUCGAUGAAAUCAUUCGUAUGGACGAGGGCGUUCUCGUGGUAGACUACAACACACGUUUCUCAGGUAUCACAGAAGAGAACCACGCGACUGCUACACUUGAUCUCGCGGGCGUACGACAAGCCUUAAAGUCAUUUGUCAAUUCAGACACCAUCCUCAUCGGACAUGCCCUAGACAACGAUCUCAAAACACUCAGGAUUAUCCACCACCGAUGUAUCGACACAGCCCUUCUUUUUCCUCACAAAGCAGGUCCACCAUACCGGAGAGCGCUGAGAGAGCUGGUACGCGAGAAGCUGAACAAGGUAAUCCAGACUGGUGGAGCAACUCAAGGACAUUCUUCGCUUGAGGACGCCAGCGCGACGCUCGAUCUCGUGCGGUGGUUCAUCAUGAAUAAGUCGAAGUCUGGGAUACAGGUCGACUCUUGA